AUGCGAUGUUUGAAUCUGAGUUUGAAAGGAAAAAGAUUGAGAAUAGAAUUUAAAAUUCGUGAGAAAGUAAGAAAGCUGAAAGCAGAGGCUGCUCUCGCAGAGCGAAAGGCAGAACUAAUACAAGAUGAUGACAGUGAUGACCUGUCGAGUCCGAAUGGCGAAAACAAAUCUAGCAUAAGUAAUAAGUCUCUACCAGUCAAGAAUACACAAUUAACAAAGAUAGAACAGACCGAGUUAUGGGCAAAAUCAUGUCCAAGCGUAACAUCAAAUGAUCGCGCCGCCUUUAAAAAUUUAGAGCCCACUUGGUGUGAUGACGACAAACCAAAACGGGAUGACAACAGAAAUGACAUGGUAGAAAGUAAAACUGGAAAAAACGAACAUGGUAGUUUACACCAUACCAAGACUGCUGGAUGUGAAAAUCCUAAACCGGAAGCGAGUAAAAACCUGGAUGGUCAAGCAGUAAUGUUAAAAGUAAAUAUGCUUCAAGCGAUGCAACCCGUGAAAUUUGAUGCCAACCCAGCGGACUUUCCUACUUUCAGAAAAAGGCUAAUCGACAAAAAUGAGGAUGGUAUUCUAAAUGACAGUCAAAAAAUUGAGUUUCUCCCUAAGUUUGUGUCGGGAGAAGCGUAUGAAACCGUUAAAAGAGUUACCGGCUGUUCUUACCCGGAUAUCGUCGCGAUUUUGCAAGAACGAUAUGGCCAGCCAGCAAGAGUGGCUGCCUCUUGUAUUGAGUCCUUGAUAUCCGGUCCAAAGUUAACGAACACUGACUACAAAGGAUUGCGUAACUUUGCUGAACAGCUCACAUCGUCUGUGAAAAGACUUGAUACUGAAUACGAACAAGAAGCAAGCACAACAUCGAAUUUAAACUUGAUCGCCGCCAGGCUUCCAAGCUAUCUGAUCAACAAAUGGGGAGACGCGUCAUACUCGAUAAGAGAAAGUGGAAGAUAG